AUGACUAAUACCCUCACCGGUGUUCUUUGUCGAUUCAGGAAAGAAGUCACGGCCUUCAUGUGUGACGUGAAGGAAAUGUUCCACCAAUUCCAGGUAAAUAAAGAGCAUAGAAACUAUCUCCGGUUUCUAUGUUGGUUAAACGGAGAUGUUAGUCGCCGACUUAGUGACUGCCAGAUGAACGUUCAUCUGUUCGGUGCAGCUUCAUCGCCUGGCUGUUCGAACCUUGCAUUAAAGCAGAUUGCAAAAGACUAUGCAGAUGAGUUUGGACAUGAAGCAUCAGAUUUCAUACAGAACGACUUCUACGUAGACGAUGGGUUGAAAUCUGUAUCAACCGAAGAUGAAGCCAUUGAUCUCAUCAUGAGGACGAGAAAGAUUUGUGAACGUGGACGUCUUCACCUGCAUAAGAUUGUAUCCAACUCCAGAAAGGUAAUGCAAUCUGUUCCAGUUGAUGACAGAGGAAAGGACCUCAAGGAAUUGAAUCUUUCGCAAGACACCUUGCCUGUGGAAAAGGCUCUCGGAGUCCAAUGGUGCAUUGCAUCAGAUAAAUUUCAAUUCAGGAUCAACUUUCAGGAUAAACCACUGACUCGAAGAGGAAUCCUGUCUACAGUCAUGUCAGUGUAUGAUCCUCUGGGACUAUUAGCACCCAUAAUACUUCCUGCAAAGCUGAUUCUCCAAGAAUUAUGUCGGAUUUCUGCUGAAUGGGACGACCCCUUAUCGGAUACACUCAAAGCUAAGUGGGAACAGUGGAAGACCGACAUUCUCCAACUUCAGUACAUCUCUAUCGAUAUAUGCUACAAACCAAAAGACUUUGGAGAAAUCAGAGAUGUGCAACUUCAUCACUUCAGUGAUGCCAGUAACGCCGGUUAUGGGCAGUGUACCUACCUGAGACUUACAAAUCAAGAAGACAAGGUGCACUGUACCCUGGUGAUGGGAAAAUCCAGGGUCACUCCUAUCAAGACGGUAACCGUGCCCCGAUUAGAGUUAACAGCAGCCCUGUUAUCUGUAAAAAUUAGUUCCUUUCUGCAAAAUGAACUCGAUUUUGUAAAUGCCAAGCAUUUCUUCUGGACUGAUAGCAGAGUAGUUUUAGGCUACAUUAAGAAUGAAGCAAGACGAUAUCAUGUUUUCGUAGCCAAUAGAGUGAGUCAGAUCAGAGACGAGUCACUGCCUUCACAGUGGCAUCAUAUUGACACCAAAAAUAACCCUGCUGAUACAGCUUUAAGAGGACUCACUGUCAAUCAGAUAGAGCAAUCAAGAUGGUUAACUGGCCCCAAAUUCCUAUGGGAGAAGGAAAUUCCAGCUAUUGAAAGUAAGGAUGAUGGCGAAAUCGUUCCUAAUGACCCCGAAGUGAAGCUAACUCAAGCUCAUGCUGCUUUCAAGAAGAAUGAUGAGUUUGAGCUGGAACGACUAGACCGCUUUUCCAGUUGGCAUCAAACCAGAAGGGCUGUAGCAAAUUGUCUCAGACUAAAGUCCUACUUACGAAGACGAUGUGAACAGAAGCAUCAGAGAGCUAACCAGAAGAAAACCGGUAUCGAGCCUAUGUCUGCUGAAUUACUUGCCCAAGCAGAAAAGGAGAUAAUUAGGCAUAUACAAAGAAAGGCAUUCCAUGAUGAAAUUCAAAGACAGGAAGUUAUGAAAAAUGCCACUCAGACAUCUUCUCGUGAGAGGAGACGUCAUUGUAAGACUACCAGCCGUCUACACCAACUUGAUCCAUUUCUAGAUAGUGAGAACAUCCUGAGAGUAGGAGGUCGCUUGAGAAGGUCUAAAACUUCGUUCACAAACAAACAUCCCGCCAUCCUACCUCAAAAUCAUGUUACGGACCUGAUUGUAGCUCAUUGUCACAAAGAAGUUGCUCAUCAGGGAAGAGGCAUGACUACUAACUGUAUCAGAUCCCAUGGUUAUUGGAUUUUGGGUUGCAGUAAUCUUGUAUCCAAGCUCAUCUCUCGAUGUGUUACCUGUCGGAAACUACGACGACCAACACAGGUACAAAAAAUGGCGGAUCUACCAAAGGAUCGUCUAACCUCUGAACCGCCAUUUUCUUACUGCGGUAUGGAUUGCUUUGGACCAUGGAUAAUCAGAGAAGGCAGAAAGGAGGUAAAGAAAUACGGCCUUCUUUUUACUUGUAUGUCGUCGCGUGCAAUCCACAUAGAAGUACUGAACUCGUUGUCCACUGAUGCGUUUAUUAAUGCCCUUCGACGUUUUAUCUCUGUUCGUGGUCCUGUUCGUCAAUUGAGGUCGGACAGAGGAACAAAUUUUGUUGGUGCCGAGAAUGAACUCAUGAAAGCUUGGAAGGAGAUGAAUCAUAAGAAAGUUAAACAGCAUUUGCUCCGAGAAGGAUGCGAUUACUUUGCCUUCACCUUCAACUUCCCCUGCUCAAGCCACAUGGGAGGAGCUUGGGAAAGGCAAAUACGUACUGUUCGUAGAGUCUUGGAAGCAUUGCUGCGUCAAAAUAGUCAGCAACUGGACGACGAUUCACUGCGAACAUUGCUAUGUGAGGCAGCAGCUAUUGUGAAUAGUCGUCCACUGUCUGUAGAAUUCCUGAACGAUCCAUCUCACCUAGAGCCCAUAACUCCAAAUCUAUUGUUGACUCAAAAAUCAAGGGUGAUACUUCCGCCACCUGGUGUUUUUCCUCGGGAGGACUUGUACGCAAAGAAACGUUGGAGAAGAGUUCAACAUCUAGCAAAUGAAUUUUGGUCCCGUUGGAGGAAGGAAUUCCUGAGUCAACUUCAAUCAAGAAAUAAAUGGACUGUUCCACAGCGCGACAUGAGGGUUGGCGAUAUCGUGUUAAUCAAAGAAGAGAAUAUUCCCAGAAAUAUGUGGUCUCUGGGGAGAGUUGUUGAAACAUAUGCUUCUGGUGACACUCAUAUUCGCAAAGUGAAAAUUGCAGUAGGUAAUUCAAAACUGAACAAUCAAGGAAAGCGUGUUUCUCCACUGUCUCAUCUCGACCGCCCAAUUCAUAAACUGGUUCUUUUGAUCGCGCUAGAAGACCAAGUAUAA